AUGUGCUGCGUAGGCCACCAGGCUCCGGGCAUGUGGACUCACCCAUCGGACAGGGCGCGCACGUACAAGGACCUUGAGUACUGGACCAACCUCGCGCAGCUGCUGGAGCGUGGCGGCUUUGACGCCCUCUUUCUCGCCGAUGUAGUCGGCAUCUACGACGUGUACCGUGGCAGCCGUGAUGCCGCCGUCCGCUCCGCCUCGCAAGUACCUGUGAACGAUCCGGUCGGCCCCAUCAGCGCCAUGGCGGCCGUGACCAAACGCCUCGGCUUUGGUGUAACAGUCAGCCUUACCUACGAGCUGCCUUACGCAUUUGCACGUCGCAUGAGCACUCUAGACCACCUCACCAAGGGUCGUGUGGCGUGGAAUGUAGUGACCUCCUACCUUAAGAGCGCUGCCACGAACCUUGGCCUUGACACGCAGGUACCGCAUGACGAGAGGUACAAUAUCGCCGAGGAGUUCAUGGAGGUGUGCUACAAGCUGUGGGAAAACUCAUGGGAGGACGGCGCCGUGCUCCCGCCCGCCGAAGCAGCCGAAAAGGGCUUGUACGCCGACCCUGACAAGGUGCACGACAUCGAGCAUGAGGGCAAGUACUUCCGCGUGCCGGGCGCGCACUUGUGCGAACCGAGCCCACAGCGUACGCCUUACCUGUUCCAAGCCGGUGCUAGUUCUAAGGGACAGGCAUUUGCUGCGAAGCAUGCGGAGAGUGUGUUCAUCGCCGGCCCUACUGUCCCGCAUCUGAAAAAAAUCAGCAGCGGUAUCCGCGCGAGUGCGCGCGAGCAGGGCCGCGACCCUGCCAACGUAAAGAUCUUUGCGCUCGUGACGAUCAUCACUGGACCCACAGAAGAGGCCGCGCAGGCCAAGUAUGACGAGUACCGGCAGUACGCGAGCAUUGAGGGCGCCCUCGCCCUGUAUGGCGGGUGGGCAGGCGUGGACCUAUCGACCAUCGAUGUCGACCAGCCCCUCGAGUACGUGGAGAACGACGCAAUCCGCUCCGUCAACCAAAUGUGGAGCAAGCAAGGCACGGGCGAUGAGGUGUGGACGCCGCGCAAGAUCGCGGAGAAAAUCGCUAUUGGCGGACUGGGUCCGUUGCUAGUUGGAAGCGCGACGAGUAUAGCCAACCAACUCGAGCAGUGGAUCGAUGAGGCAGACAUCGACGGCUUCAACCUCGCAUACGCUGUCACACCCAACACAUUCGAGGACAUCAUCGAGUACGUAGUCCCCGAACUUCGACGCCGCGGGCGGCUGCCCGAGCAGGAGCCUGACGCGCCACGCAAGACUCUCCGCGAGUCGAUGGGCGGGCCAAAUGCGACGGCUCAUGUUUCGCCGGACCACCCCGCUUACAAGCACAAGAGGAGCCAGUAG